UCCACCGCGUCGCGGUUGACGUUUGUUAUUAUUUUUUUUACGUUUUUUUUUUUUUUCAAAUUUUAUUUCUACAUUCGUUUUUUCUCGUCGGUGCGUCAAUUUUAAUCACGGAUAGUGACGACGGAAAAAUAAAAAGUAUAAAUGACGAGUCAAAACGAAACGCGAUAAGUCAGAGUUUUUUGAAGCCCAUGAAACGUUGAAGACGAACGAAAAUGUCUCGGAGCACGUUACUCGCGGUGUUGGAACUCGCUAAUUAGCAACCGGAUCGGGAGUGAGGUCGAAUUCGCGAGCGGGAGAUCUUCGCAGUUGAUCGAUCGGCCGGAAGCAACGAGGAUUCGAGCGUCUCAUCGAGCCACUCCGACAGUUUGGCCUACUCCUGGGAAGCCCUUCGAAUUCGUUGACGGAAAAUCCUUCGGUCACGAACACUACGAUUGAAGAGGCCCCGCCGAGGCGUACGAUGUCGUCCUUGAUAGUACUGUCCCUGACGAUCGUUUGCUGUUCGAGUGCGAGUCUGUCGUCGAGGCAAGGAGAAGCGGAGCUGUCGACGUCACCGAACGCGUUGGAUUCGGGGAUCGGAGAAUCUUCCAAGCUCCUGAGCGCGAUGCACGACGACGGGAGUCGCGAGGACGCGUUUGAUAAAAAGAUUAAAAACGAGGAUGACGAGGAAACCGCGAAAACGGCGUUGAAAAAGGGCCGGAAGCACAAAGCUCUCUUCAUCAAUUAUCCUUUCGUACCGCGCAUCAAUCGCAGACAACCGUUAAUCCCGCCGUACGAAAAAACCAAUCAAAAUUACGAUAAUCCUGAGACGGGAAGGAAAAAAGUAUCGAGCAAAAAACGAUACCCUCAGGAGAGCCAAAUUUAUUACAUCAAAUUGCCACCCACGCCCUACACUUACGUACCAGGAUUCGGUUACAUUUCUCAGCCUCCGACAUACACGAGCCCGGGGAUUCACAGACCAGCAAUUAAUCACCCUCAAAGGCCGAUCAGGCCUAAUUACCAACAGAAACCAACCGCCGUUAAUCCAUUCAUCAAACUUCCCGUCGAUUUUGUUAGCAAUGGAAAACCCACGGGCGUUUACCAGUGGCCAGCAAAACGACGAGAAACUCACUUGAACCGACUCAGCGAGGGUCCUUAUCUCUUCAACGGACGACCCACCAGCCUCUAUUUGAUCAAUUCGGACGGCCAGAAAACUGGACAUCAGCCGAUACGGUUAGCGGAUCCACCCAAUCGCGCUUACUACUGAUCCCAUAAUUUACAAUAUUUAUUCAACUCUGUUUUCGCUUAUUCAUUAAUCGUCGAAAUCACUGCGAUUACCGAGCCCGUCGACCGCUUUCCCACCCUCUUUUCGCCCGAAUUCAGGCCCAGACAACCUGAUUCAGCGAAUUUUAAGCUCGAAUACUCGGUCGACUUAUAGUGCGUGAGUUUGUGUAACGACGGCCCGUGAACGAUGCGAUUUUGCAAUAAUUUAUAGAACUCUUAUGCGACUUACCGAUCGAGAAUCGUUUCACAAAAAAAUCUAGAGAAUCAAAGUAAUCGUUAUACUUCGUGAGUUUAACAACGUUUAUCAUCGCAUUUUCAAUGUUAUUCUUUCGUUGUCGAACGUUCGCGCGAACGACGAUGCUCUAUGCGAUUACGAACUUAAAUAUUUAUUAAUCGAGUGCGAGUCUGUUGCGGUAUUUUCUUACAUUUGUAUAUUUAUAGCCUUGUAAUUAAACGAUGUUUUUGUUUUAUA